UGGGUCCCACGUGAGAGUAUAAAUAUAUGUCCUGAAAAGCUCGCGCGCCGCCCCAUCCCACCGUCGCAUCCGCCGAGGGAGAUUGUCGCCUCCUCUAUCCCCUUUCCUUCAGUCGCUUUUCCCGGCGCAGAAUUUUGAAACCUUUGCCUCGCUUCUCUCUUUAAGCUUCCUCUUCAACUGUCUUCGAUUAAGGUAAUGCAUAAAGCUAUUAAUCUGGUUAAGACAAAACUUCCUCCAAUGGCGCUUCAUUUUGAGAUUCUAGGGAAGUAUAAUCGUGCUCGGGCAGCUCGGAUGACACUUCCUCACUUUGUAUGCCAAACACCCUUGUUUAUGCCUGUCGGAACGAAAGGGGCAAUGAAGGGUUUGACAAGUAAACAGCUUGAGGAGAUUGGUUGUCAAAUAAUUCUUGGGAAUACGUAUCAUCUGGAGCUUCAGCCGACAUCUGAGCUCAUUCAUGAACUAGGAGGUCUCCACAAGUUUAUGAACUGGCCUAGAGCAAUGCUUACGGACUCGGGUGGAUUUCAGAUGGUCUCAUUGUUGCAUUUAGCAAAUAUUACAGAGGACGGAGUGACAUUUCAGUCUCCAGUUGAUGGAACGCCAAUGCUGCUAACACCGGAGGAGUCUAUUCAAAUCCAAAAUAAGAUAGGGGCAGAUAUAAUCAUGGCUCUUGACGAUGUCGUGAAAACUACCAUCACCGGACCUAGAGUUGAGGAGGCUAUGCAUCGAACACUACGAUGGAUCGACAGGUGUAUUGCCGCUCACAAGAGACCAGAGGAACAGAACUUAUUCGGUAUUGUACAGGGGGGUCUUGAUCCUAGGCUAAGGGAUAUAUGUGUUCGAGGCUUGGUGGACAGGAACUUACCGGGCUAUGCCAUUGGUGGUCUUUCUGGAGGGGAAGAUAAAGACUCAUUUUGGCGCGUCGUUGCACAGUGUACUGAAGCACUGCCAGAAGACAAACCGCGAUAUGUCAUGGGUGUUGGCUAUCCUCUGGAUAUAGUGGUUUGCAGUGCUUUGGGUGCUGACAUGUAUGAUUGCGUUUAUCCGACCCGGACUGCACGUUUUGGUACAGCUCUUGUACCCGAGGGAGUUUUGAGACUCAAGCACAAUGCUAUGGCUACCGACACUCUUCCGAUCGAUCCUUCAUGUGACUGUAUGGUUUGCAAGAAAUUCAGCAGAGCUUAUAUUCAUUCUCUAGUUACAAAGGACCCCAUGGGGUCCCAGCUUGUAUCAUACCACAACCUGCAUUACAUGUUGAAGCUCAGCCGAGAUCUUCACUCAUCAAUCAUUGAAGAAAAUUUUCCGACGUUUGUCUGCGAUUUCCUCGGGAAAAUGUUUCCGAAAGGCGACGUACCUAAAUGGGUUCGGAACGCAAUGGAAGUCGCUGAGAUCGACAUUUCCUCAUGUUGUGCUGCCCUUUCACCAUCAGAUACAUGAGGAGGCAAGAUAGGCUCCUAUAACCCGCAUUCAUUCGUCAUUCUUCUGUUCUCUCUCUCUCUUUUCCAAGAAGGAAAGGUGAGAUCUUUUUGCCCUUAAUUGCAAGCAUGAGUUCUGUAUGCCUUGCAAGCGUAAUGACAUAUGCUUAAUGUGAUCCAUCCUAAUCAACAUCCAAAUCUAUCUCUUAUGUCACAAGCGUUCAUUACCUUAUCUUC